UUCAUGUGUGCUCUGCGUCUGAGAGAAAGAAGAAAAGUGGGGGUUAGAGAAGUGCGGUUGUCCGUUUCCUGCUUUCGGUUGAUUUGUGUGCGCAGAACACAGAAAAGAGACUUCCUUGACUGCAGGGAGCUCAGUAUUCUGACAGCGUAGCGAGGACCCCUUCUUCACAUCCUGUACAUAUGAAUUGAAAAUAAAGACUUAUUAGAGGACCAUGAGCCGUGGAUCUAAAGCGAGACCGGAGAGCACCUGGAGCUCACUGCUGAACCCCCAGGAGAAUGAGCAGCUGGAGGAGCUGCUGGGCAGAAGAUGUGCUUCCAUGGCCACCGCAGUAGCCCAGCUGUUUAUGUCUCUGCCUCACAGCCCCUCCAUGUGGAGCCUGCAGCACACCGGAGUGGUGUGCUUCAUCAAAGACAACCUCCAGCGCUCUUACUUCAUACGGAUGUUUGAUCUAAAGACAGGGAGGCAGGUUUGGGAGCAGGAGGUCUACAACCAGAUCGUUUACUCCUCACCGCGGCUGUUCUUCCACACCUUUGCUGCGGAUGACUGUCAAGUGGGACUGAACUUCGCUGUACAACAGGAAGCAGAAGUUUUCCAAAAUGCUGUCGAGGAAAAAAUCAACCAGAGGCACAACCGUCAAGGUCAGCGAGGUUUCGCUCACCUCUUGUUGUUGACAGAUAAGAAACAGCGCCCCCCUCCGCCGAGUGAUAGAGCUUCCCUGCCUCGACCCUCACAUGAAAAAGCAUCACCUGGCAGCCCUGGUUCUCUUCACAUGUCCACAGUGGACAUCCUAAACCCAGAUAUACAUUCUUCCCGCUACCGCUCCAUGCCUUCACCUGCUUCCUUAGCGCUCACCAGCAAAGGGAAGAAGGAUAAGAAGAAGAAAGGGAAAAAGGGGCCCAAAUUCUCCAAAGCAGACAUAGGGGCACCCAGUGGAUUUAAGCAUGUUAGUCAUGUCGGCUGGGAUCCCGAUAACAUUGACCCUGAUCUGUGGAAGCUGCUCUCCCAAGCUGGGAUCAGUGAAGAUGAGAUGAAGGAUGAAAAGACCUCCCAGCUCAUCUAUAAUGUCAUCGAGCAGUCUGGAGGCAUGGAGGCGGUCAAAAGGGAGGUGAACCGAGCUGGCGGACCUCCACCACCUCCACCUGGCAGGCAAGGGCCUCUGCCUCCUGUGCCGGGCUCCUCUGCUCCAACCCCUCCGCCUCCGCGAGGACGCUCUGGCCCCCUGCCUCCCGUCCCAGGCCAGUCACCUCGGGGGCUCUCGUCCUCCAACCUACCUCCUGCACGAGGAGCAGUGCCACCCCCACUUCCAGCAACAAGCAGAGGUGGUCCUCCGCUGCCACCAACACACUCUGCACCUUCUCAGUUCCCCGCAAAGUCCUCUCAUGUCCCACCUUCAAUCUCCUCCCACAACCCACCUCCUCCCGUUCCGCCUAGCCAUCAGCGCUCCAUGGGUCUCCCACCUCCUCUUGUUCCAUCUACACCCAGCAGAGGAGGUGGAGGGCCUCCUCCUCCCCCUCCACCCCCACAGACCUCUAUUCCGUCACAUUUCCCACCUCCUCCUCUUUCUGGGGGCCCACCAGUACCGCCAUCACCUGCCCCGGCAUCCGGAGGAGAAGGACCUGGCAGAGGAGCUCUGCUGGAUCAGAUCCGACUGGGGAAGAAGCUCAAAAAUGUGCCAGACAGUCCUGAUACACCUUCACCACCAGAGUCAGGUGAGGGCAUCGUCGGUGCUCUCAUGAUGGUCAUGCAGAAGAGGAGUAAAGCCAUCCAUUCCUCUGAUGAAAGUGAAGAUGAAGGCGGAGAUGAGGACGACGACGACGACGAUUGGGAUGAAUGAUGUUGAAGUUUGAACCCUUAAUUGCAAUACUGGUACAAGUUCAAUAAUUGAUAAUAAAACCGGAAUGUGACGUGAGGUCAAAUAAUUCAAUAGAAAAGACUUGAAAGUGAAAGAAAACAAGUUUAAGAGACUUUUUGAAACGUUUAUAUAUAUUUGUUUCAACGUUCCAGUGUAGGUUCAUUCUAAUGACAGCACUGUGUUACUAGCAUUGACGGUGAAUCGUGGCUCGGACUGGAAAAACUAAUCUUGUUCCUUACGCUUCCACUAAAAAGAGCAACUUUUUAAAGUCUGUGAAUACAGCAAAUGACAGAACACCAACAAUCAAUACUAAAUCUGAGCCAGUUCCAUUCCCAGUUUUAUAAUAACAUACUGUACAUUAAAAAAAAGUUCCUUUUUUCAUUUUCUCAUACAUCUGUGCAAAGAUCCCAAAUUCCCUCGAAUACCGCCACCGACAAAGUGCAUAACUGGAAGAAUACUGUAUGCUACACAUACCCUCAACACUCACAUAUAGAGCAAGGGAGUCAAUGGAAUUAGCUUAACAGAAUACUUUACACCUUACAAACAUCAUUACAUGUAAAAAUUUACAACUUGCAACAAACGACACAUAUGCAUGCAACGUAUGCAUUUAUAUCAUAUUAACUUCAUACGAUACAAGAGUAAUCCAAUGACCAUAUAUAUUAUAUUCACAAUCAAUAUAUUACAUUUCUGUUUCAAGAUACUUUACAGUACCAUACUUGUGGUUCUGCAUGUUGAAGCCUGUUAACCACGUGCUGCAUUUACUUUACAUCAAAUACCAUUUUCCAAAACGACAAACAUGGAAUAUGUGAUCCUUUAAAAAACGCUUCUUUUGUCGGUGCUCUCGAGGACAAUCCAAAAUGUAAGAAUCACCUGACCAAAAUAUCUGCUUUCGCGAGUUAUAUUGUUGGAAAAUCAAAACCUAGAAAACAGAUAAUAAGCAAAUAUGGAUGCUGUGAAAAUAACUUUUUCUUGCACUAAAUAAAUUGAUCUUCCACAGUGA